AUGGGUUAUAUAGCCGACGUGAUGUUGCCGUUAUUGUUGUUAUUACUGUGCUCGGUUGUCGACAGUACCCCGUUCACGAAAAGUGAAGGAAGAAAUGUCAGCCCACAACAAUAUGCUGUCAUUAUGGAGCACUUCUUGGGCGGAUCCAAGAAUGUCAGAUGGGAAACCAUGCCUAUGUCAACGUUGGAUCAGAAUGGUAAGAUUGGGCGUCAUGUUGAUAUGAUAUUUCAUUGAUAUGGAGCUCUAAAACCAAAAAAACAGAAUAAAAACUUACAAAUUCUUACAGGAAAGCCAGUAAAAGGCCUUGGAAACUCUGAUUGUAUGGAUGUACAAGGUCAAACCAGAAAGAACGGUGAAGAAUACGACCGACCAAGCCACAGAUUCAAGUUCAUAUGCAAAGAUGGCGAAGAACAAGUCACAGGUAAGAUAAAACACCUAAUAAUGUUUUGCUUUAUACCUAAAAUACCUAAAAAUUCCCGGCUUUUGACGUAUAAAUCUCAUGAAAAACAUUUAAAACUACCUUAAUAUAAUGAAAAGUUAUAUUAAGGUAGUUUAAAGGAUAAAUUUACAAAGAACCUACUACAAUAUAGAAGAAUAACAUUGGCAAGUAAACCAGAAGCACCUAAAAACAUAAAAACAGUCAAAAUAAUAUCAAAAUACCUUAUUUUAGCUUGUAUCGGCUCCUCUCGCUCCAACAACGCCCGGAUUCCAGUUGGCUCGAACGUUGAAGUCGACGGCUUCUGGCACAAAUGCCAAAGCUUCCCCAACGGAUCUGUUGUCUAUUUCCAAGGUAAGAACUCUUAUAAAUUAUGGAAGAAUAACCGAUUAUGCUAGAUUAUCUUAUACAGCAUAUAAAAUUAAAUAAUUAAGCGAAAACUAGAACAAGAAACAUCUAAGUUUAGACAACUUUUCAUAAUAAUAUAAUCCAGUGCCGGCCAAUUGAAAUUCGCUUUUUAACUUAUUUAGAACGAAAAAUAAUUAAAUUACCUUUAAAUUACAUAAAGGCUGAUAAAAAAUUGAUUUCAUGAUACGAAAACGUUGAUUAUUACCUAAAACUCCAGAAAAACAGCUAUAUCUUAACGGAAACGAUCCUUUUUCAAACCAAAAAUGACGUUUAAAUCUUUCAAGCCUUAUUUUAAAGCUCCUAAACAUCAUUCGUUACCUAAACAAUCAAAAAACAUUAAAAUCGUACCAAAACAUCCAUUCCAGAGCCAUCUUGUCGUGAUAUGAAAGGCAAAGAACUCCACAUUGGCGACGAAUUCACUGCCGGAUACCUCCGCCUGGCUUGUGACGAUGGUGGCUACAAAACUGUCGGCUGUGUUUUCCACGGUAAAGACGGUGAAGUUAUUUUGCGCGAAGGAGAGACCAGAGAUGUUGGCAAAGUGUCACAUCAUUGUGAGAACGUUAAUGGAAACUUGGAAUACUUCUCCAAGGCUAGCGGCUGCACCAAACUGGACAGAAAUCUAAACGAAGGUGAUACGUUCAGCGAGAAUCAUUUGCACUACAAAUGCGAAAAUGGCCUCGCUCAGAUUACUGGUAAGUGGAAGGGAAGCGGAUGUUAUUCAUAAAGAAUGGUUAUAAACUCGAAAAAAUUACAAUAGGUAUCAAAUCUAGUCCAAUAGAAGAAUUUUUCACGUGACUUUGUUGUCCAAUAUUUGUUUUAUAAUUUAUCACUUUGCAACCAAAUCUUUUAAAAAGAGCGAAAUGCCACAGAGUUAUUGGAAAAUGUAACGAAAUGUUCCAAAACGUAUUGACUUUUUUUAGCUUUCAAGUUUUAUGUUUUUGGUCUAAAUUAAUGUUUACUAGCUGGUUUAUUUUGUUUUUACAUUACUUUUAUUUUUAAAAUACGUCCCUUUGAAUAAUGAUCAACUAUUUUAUAUUAUUAUAGGCUGUUACGUUAGCGAGCACAAAGACUUAUCAAUUGGCCAGGAUCUGGAAGAAAACGGAGUUCUACACCGCUGUUAUCGUGCUGGCGGAGCUGUUGAAUACGAAGAAUUCCCAUGUCAUGGUGAAUCUUGUCACCCAAAGCCAGUUGACUCCGGAUCAGAGGGUCCAGUCGUGAGCCAAGGUCAAGAUAAGUCUCGUGGAUUCGGAGCGUUUGCCAUUGUUCAGAGGAUUGGAGACAAAGUUCAGAGCCCGUCGACCAUGAAAUUUGAUUUGGACAAGCUCUUAAUGAGAUCACAAGGCUGA